GCGCUUGAACACGGUAUCACCGAUGCGGAAGUGGUUCACGCGUGGAAGAGCAAUGCGUUACCGCUGCGGUUCUGGGUCAAUCUGAUCAAGAAUCCGCACUUCGUGUUCGAUAUUCAGAAACCGACCAAGGUUGAGGGAUGUUUAUCCGUUGUGGCUCAAACUCUGAUGGAUGCCUGUUCAACGCAAGAUCAUCAGUUAACGAAAGACUCACCGUCGAGUAAACUGUUGUUUGCAAAGGAUAUGUAUCAGUACCGAGACUGGGUGGACAGCUACUAUUCCGAUAUCGCCCGUUUGCCACCGAUUUCUGAUCAAGACAUGGCAUCGUUGUUGAACGAGGAGUCCCGAAUUCAUCGAGGCCAAUUCCAUGUGUUCUCUGCAUUGAAUGAGCUCUACAAAUACCUGGAUCAGUACAAAGAUCCAAUUAUGGACGCUCUAGAGCACAAUGAACACGCUCAAGCAAGCCGACUGCCUGGAAGGUUACAGGUCGGUUCUUCGAGUGUUAACUUACUAAAUACUGGGGUAGCAGAAGACAUUAAAGACUUCACCUUAUUAGUCUUCUCCAGGAUGGCGUAUCAGGCGAGAACGCCCUGUCUCUGA